AUGGCCUACAACCCCCGGAUGAGCAUCAUCCCCAACCACCAGACGCAGAACCGCGCGCGCAAGAAGGAGGAUGAAGCCGACGCGUUCAUGCGCCUCCCUGACAAGGAGAUUGUCGGCUGCAUAACGGACAUCGGCAUCCCCUUCUCCGUGGCCGACCUCCAGAAGCCCAACCCGCUGCAGGUGCAGAUGAUCUUUGAGUGGUUCGCCGAGCUGCUGCUCAACGCGACGCGCGAGACGGUGGAGCCGGCGAUGCGCGCGGCGGCCGAGGACGUGUGCGGCGAGUACAGCGACGUGGUGCCGCCCGACACGCGCAACCUCAUGGGGUUCUACGUGUCGCUGCGGCGGCUGCUGCUCGAGUGCGGCGUGGCCGACUUUAGCUUCAACGACCUCUACAAGCCGAGCUACGACCGGCUCGUCAAGAUCUUCAGCUACCUCAUCAACUUUGUGCGGUUCCGCGAGAGCCAGACGACGGUGAUUGACGAGCACUUCAACAAGGCCGAGACGACCAAGGCGCGCAUCGAGAGCCUCUACGGCGAGAACCACGCCAUGGAGGCGCGGCUCGAGGAGAUGAAGCGCACGCGGCGGGCGCGCGAGGCGCAGAUGCGCGAGAAGACGCUGCGCAACGAGGAGCUCAAGAAGACGCUGCUCGAGCUGCGGCGCAACCAGGAGCGCGUGGCGGCGCGGCUCGAGGAGGCGCGGCUGCGCAAGACGGCGCUCGCGGCGCAGCUCGAGGACCGCACGGCGGCCAAGCUGGCGACGCGGCAGGAGAGCGCCAAGCUGCGGCCGUACGCGUCGCAGAGCCCGACGGCGCUGCAGGCGACGCUGACGGAGCUCAGCAACACGCUGGCGCACGAGCGCGCGCACAUGGACGGCCUCGACCGGCGGUCGCGCGCGCUGCAGACGUCGGCCGACUCGUUCGCCGUCGUGUCGACCGACGUGGCCUCGUGGCGUCAAGGCCGGACGCCCUGGCCGAAGCCCGGCAAGGACGUGGGCGAGGGGGAGCGCACGGGGGGCCGUGGGGGCGGGCCCCGGGCCGGGAGGGGCUAG